CCACUGCUGACCGCAGUGGCAGUGCCAGUGAGGAAAAGGGGCCGCCGAGGAGAGAUUGAGAGACUACAAAAUCGUUCGCUAAUAAGUAAUAAGAAUAAUCUUUCACGGCUCCGUUUCUCGUAAAUUUUAUCAUAUCGUAUUCGGCUUAGGAAAAGCCUCGAUCUCAACAUGACAACGUUGGAGGACAAAUCGAUUUGGGAAGAUGGAGAGGAAACGCUUCGCGAAGAAGUUUUGCGUAUGUCAACAGAUGAAAUAGUAUCUCGUACCAGAUUACUAGACAAUGAAAUCAAAAUAAUGAAGAGCGAGGUGAUGCGUAUCUCCCAUGAACUGCAGGCUCAGAAUGACAAGAUCAAGGAGAAUACUGAAAAGAUCAAAGUCAACAAAACUCUACCUUACCUAGUAUCCAAUGUUAUCGAGUUACUUGAUGUUGACCCGCAAGAUAUGGGAGAAGAAGAUGGAGCUGUUGUUGAUCUGGAUGCUCAACGUAAAGGAAAAUGUGCUGUGAUAAAAACGUCAACGAGACAAACGUACUUCCUUCCUGUAAUAGGGCUUGUUGAUGCAGAAUCACUAAAACCAGGUGAUCUUGUUGGAGUCAAUAAGGACAGUUAUUUAGUUCUGGAAACUCUCCCAGCUGAAUAUGAUGCUAGAGUAAAGGCUAUGGAAGUUGACGAGCGCCCCACAGAGCAAUAUUCAGACAUCGGUGGUCUGGAUAAGCAAAUUCAAGAGCUUAUAGAAGCUGUAGUUCUUCCAAUGACCCACAAAGAAAAGUUUGAAAAUCUUGGUAUCCAGCCACCAAAAGGUGUUCUAUUGUAUGGACCUCCUGGAACUGGUAAAACACUGCUAGCAAGAGCGUGUGCAGCCCAGACUAAAUCUACAUUCUUGAAAUUGGCUGGACCACAACUGGUGCAGAUGUUCAUUGGUGAUGGUGCCAAACUUGUAAGAGAUGCAUUCAGUCUUGCAAAAGAGAAAGCUCCAGCAAUCAUUUUCAUUGAUGAGCUUGAUGCUAUUGGUACCAAGAGAUUUGAUUCUGAAAAAGCUGGAGAUCGUGAAGUGCAAAGAACCAUGUUGGAGCUCCUCAAUCAACUCGAUGGUUUCAGUUCUACAGCCGACAUUAAAGUAAUUGCUGCUACAAACCGAGUUGAUAUUUUGGAUCCUGCUCUGCUCAGAUCUGGUAGAUUAGACAGGAAAAUCGAAUUUCCUCAUCCAAAUGAAGAAGCAAGAGCAAGAAUCAUGCAAAUUCACUCAAGGAAAAUGAACAUGUCCCCGGAUGUCAACUUUGAAGAACUUGCCAGGAGUACAGAUGAUUUCAAUGGAGCUCAGUGCAAGGCUGUCUGUGUUGAGGCGGGUAUGAUUGCUUUAAGGCGUAAUGCUACAGCUGUGACGCAUGAAGAUUUAAUGGAAGCCAUUAAUGAAGUGCAAGCCAAGAAGAAGGCAAACCUUAAUUAUUAUGCCUAAUCUAAUAUGUUGAUAAUUGUAUUUAUUAAAAAUAAGAAAUUUUUUAACUCGCUAUUAUGUAAAAAAAAAGGAGUAAAAUAAAAGUAUUUGUGGAGAAAACAGUGA